UUACCCUUGUCUACACACCAAACGUUCGCAAUUCACUGUUGGCAACGUCUUUCAAACAGCUCCUAGGUAUAUUCAUCUACGGUGAAAAUCUGCUUCGCCGUUUAAAUUCAGGUUAUCGGAGGACUACUAAAAUCAAAACAUGUCACGUUUUUUUGCGACCGGUUCCGAUUCUGAGACCGAAUCCAGUGAUGAGGAGGUUCCAGUACAAGCGUACAGCAAAGCGCCCAAUUUUCAAUUUAGUGACGAUGAAGAGGAAGUGAAGCGUAUUGUACGCUCCACUAAGGAGAAGCGCUAUGAAAAUUUAACCGCUAUUAUUAAGAGCAUCCGCAAUCACAAAAAAAUUAAGGAUAUGUCAAGCAUUUUGUCAAGUUUUGAAGACUUGACACGUGCUUAUACAAAGGCAUUACCGGUUAUUACCAAGGAGGAGAAGGGUGUAACGCCACGCUUCUACAUUCGUUGUCUUGCUGAGUUGGAAGACUUCAUCAACGAGGUGUGGGAAGAUCGUGAUGGACGUAAGAACUUGUCAAAGAACAAUUCGAAGUCGUUGGGUACAUUGCGUCAGAAAGUGCGCAAGUACAUUAAAGAUUUUGAGGAGGACUUGACACGUUUCCGUGAAGCACCCGAUCAAGAAAGUGAUGUCGAAGAGGAGGAAGCCUAUGACUCCGACCAGGACAAGAACGAUAUUGGUUCAGAAGAUGUCUUUCGAGACUUGAAGCAACCAUCUGAACCAAAGUCAGCUAAAGCGGCUGUGCCGUCUAAAUCUGCUGAACAGGAUGAUGAUUCGGAUGAUUCCAUUGACUGGGGAACUGAUUCGGAGUCGGAAUCUGAAUCGUCGGAUGAUGAGAACCAAUAUCAAACCAUGCGCGAACGUUUUUUGAAGCGCACUACUGUAGAUAAAGAAGAAAAGGAGGAUCGUGAUGAUCGCAAGAAGGAGAAACGCGCUAAAGAGGCCAAAUCGCGUCGCAAGCGUGUUGAAGAAGAUGCCGAUGAAGAAGGUGAAUGGGAAACUGUGUUCCCACACACUGUUGAGAAGCCGAAGAUGUUCGACAAGGAUGCCGAAAUCGAUGUGCCCCUGACGCUACAGAAAUUGUCCGAGAUUAUGGCGGCACGCGGCAAAAAACGUACGGAUCGUCGCAUGCAAAUCGAGCUUUUGUUUGAACUGCGUGAUAUUGCCGAACAACAUCAGUUGGGUAAUCCUGUUGCAGUGAAAAUACACUUCAGCAUUAUCUCGGCCAUUUUCGACUACAACCAGAAAAUCUCUGAACCUAUGAAAUUGGAGCACUGGAGCAAAUUGCUUGACGUCAUGCAAAGUAUGAUGAAGAUAUUGUUAGCUAAUGACGAAAUCCGUAUGAGCGAAGAGGUGCAAGAAGAAAACGAAGAGUUUACCAACCCCCCGUAUGCCAUACGCGGUUGUUCACUAGCCGCCGUUGAACGUCUGGAUGAUGAGUUCACCAAGCUCCUAAAGGAGUGUGAUCCCCACACGAAUGAUUACGUGUCACGUUUGAAGGACGAAGUUACCGUUACGCGUAUCAUCGAGUCUGUGCUUGAGUACUUCGAACAUGUUGGCAGCAAUAAGGAGCGCUGCCGUGUCUAUUUGCGCAAAAUCGAACACUUGUAUUACAAGUUCGAUCCGGAAGUACUCAAGAAGAAACGCGGUGAGCUGCCACCAAAUACUGUCACCUCAGUUGAGGUGAUGGAUCGUCUCUGUAAGUUCAUCUACACUAAUGACGACACUGAUCGUAUACGUACGCGCGCUAUACUGGCGCACAUCUACCAUCAUGCCAUGCACGACAACUGGUUCCAGGCACGUGAUUUGGUUCUCAUGUCGCAUUUGCAAGACACCAUCGAUGCGGCCGAUCCCUCAACCCGUAUCCUCUACAAUCGCAUGAUGGCCAAUUUGGGGCUAUGUGCUUUCCGUCAGGAGAACAUCAAGGACGCGCAUCACUGUCUGGUGGAUUUGAUGGUAACUGGCAAACCUAAGGAAUUGUUGGCACAAGGUUUGCUGCCGCAGCGCCAACAUGAACGCUCCGCCGAGCAGGAGAAGAUCGAAAAGCAGCGUCAAAUGCCAUUCCACAUGCACAUCAAUUUGGAGCUCCUCGAAUGCGUCUAUUUGGUAUCGGCUAUGCUUCUGGAAAUUCCCUACAUUGCUGCGCAUGAGUUCGAUGCGCGUCGUCGCAUGAUUAGCAAAACGUUCUAUCAACAAUUACGUUCUUCCGAGCGUCAAUCACUGGUAGGCCCACCUGAAUCGAUGCGUGAGCACGUCGUCGCUGCGGCCAAAGCCAUGCGUUGCGGCAACUGGCAAGCUUGUGCCAACUUCAUUGUCAACAAGAAAAUGAAUACCAAAGUGUGGGAUCUUUUCUACGAAGCUGAUCGCGUGCGUGAAAUGUUGGUGAAAUUCAUCAAGGAAGAGUCGCUACGCACUUAUCUCUUCACCUACUCCAACGUGUAUACCUCACUGAGUAUUCCAUCAUUGGCUCAAAUGUACGAACUGCCUGUACAAAAGGUGCAUUCACUCAUCAGCAAAAUGAUUAUUAAUGAAGAGCUCAUGGCCAGUUUGGAUGAUCCCUCCGAAACUGUUGUAAUGCACCGUUCAGAGCCAUCGCGCCUUCAAGCGCUCGCUAUGCAAUUCGUUGAUAAAGUCACCAAUUUGGUUGAUGUGAAUGAGAAGGUCUUCGAUAUGAAACUGGGUAAUUUCUUCCAACGAGGCAAUAUGGGCAAUCGUGAUCGCGGCUACAACCGCAACCAGAACAACCAGGGUGGCAAUUGGGGCGGCCAACGUCGCGACAAUCGUAAUCAGCGCAAUCGCAACCAACGCAAUCAGCACCAUCAUCAUAAGCAGCAACAUCAGCAACAACAGCAACACCACGACCAACAAAACCAGCAACAGCACAUUAUCGAGGAAGAGUAAGCCGUUGCGCAAUUACGGCACACCCGUGACACAUCAAGCAGAGAGUGCGGAAGAGAAACUCAAAAGAAUAAAUUAAUUAUUACUAAAAACUUAAAUGAUGAGAACAAAUGUGAAAGGCGAAGAAAUUAACAACAAAGAAACUAGUAGCUUAAGCUGCUAUUGGCGCACUCCCGUGGCGAGGCGUUCGUACCAACGUAUGCCAAUUGAGGCGGGAGUGCGCCACAUAAAAUAUUUUGAGUGCAUAAACUCACACAUUUUCUAUAGUAUAUUUUUAUUAUUUAAAUAUCUGUUUUUACACAAUGCAGAUGUGCAUUCUAAGUAAAUCAAAUUGUUUAUUUCUUCCUGAUGACAUACCGAAUUUGUGUUUUAAGGUAACUGCUUGAAAUGUAAAGAAUAAAAUACUAAUGAAAAUAAUGUUGCAAUCGACAAGAUGAAAUACAUAUAUGCAAGACAUUGAAA